AUGGAGGCUCCCGGCAAAGUGCAAAAAAGGCUAAGCCCAGCAAGUACCGCACAGCCCGGUGAGUCUCAAAGUGAGAAGAAAGUUGAGAAAACCCCUAUAGACAUUAGACCUUCACCUUUGGCACUUCAAUCGAUGCCUAAAUACGCGAAAUUCUUGAAAGAUCUUCUUAGGAACAAAGAGAAACUGGGGGAGUUGUCGAACGUUCCGUUGAAUGGAGGGUGUUCCGCCGUUGUGUUAAAUAAGCUUCCCGAAAAGCUUACCGAUCCCGGUAUUUUUGCCAUUCCUUGUCUAUUAGGUAGUAAUACCAACACUAGAGCUUUGGCCGACUUAGGUGCUAGCAUCAAUUUGAUGUCCUUUUCUCUUUAUGAGAAGCUAGACCUAGGAGAGCUUGCACCUACCCGAAUGACAUUAUCGUUAGCCGAUCGGUCCGUUAAAUACCCUAGGGGUAUAGUUGAGAACUUGCUAGUUAAGGUAGACAAAUUCGUGUUUCCUGCCGAUUUCGUAAUUCUUGAUAUGGAAGCGGAUGAGAGAGUCCCCAUUAUACUAGGUCGUCCAUUCUUGCGUACCGCUAAAGCUCUCAUAGACGUUUACGAUGGUAAGAUCACCCUUAGGUUCGGUGAGGAGAGAGUUACUUUUGAGAUAGACCGUUCCAUGAACCACCCGAGUGGUUCGGAUGACUAUAGUGGUCCUUGCCAUUCCGUCUACUUCUUGAAUUCGUUCAUCUCGUGUGUCGAUCAUUGCUUAGAGUAUAUUAGUGGUGCGGACCUAGUGGUAGGAAAGAAGGUAGAAGAGGAGGUGAAGAGUGUAGAUGAAGGUGAAGAGGAGGGGAUUCCUUUAAUCCCCGAUGUGUUAGCGGUUAGUGAUGACACCACCCAAACCCCACCCUUAGAGCUUAAGGUACUUCCAUCUCAUCUAGAGUAUGCUUUCUUAGGGGAGGGUUCCGAGCUACCCGUUAUUAUUUCAUCCGCGUUAGAGGAAAGUGAGAAAUUGAGGUUGUUGGAUGUGUUGAGGGCCAACAAAGAGGCCAUUGCAUAG